UGCUUCUCUCUUUUCUCCUAAAAUCCUGAAGACCUAAACCUACCUCCAUGACCAUGGCUAUGGAAAUCGGCAUUGUUGAAUACGUUGACCAAUCCCCCGAUCUUUUUAACGUUCAAUUCCACAGAGAGUGUAUCAAAACCUUGGUCACCCAUGAAGCCAGAAAGGUCGAUGAGUGGAUCUCUGAGGUGGAGGCCAUCCAUCGCCACCGUCUGAACCACCUGAUCGUCGGCCUCGACGUAGAGUGGCGCCCCAAUUUCUCCAAGGCGCAGCAGAACCCGGUGGCGACUCUCCAGCUCUGCGUGGGGCGCCGCUGCCUCGUAUUCCAACUCCUCUACUGCAGCCGCAUCCCGGACAAGCUCGUCAGCUUCCUCGCGAACCCCGCCUACACCUUCGUCGGGGUCGCGAUCGACGGCGACGUGGAGAAGCUGGUGGAAGACUACAAUCUGAGUGUGAGGAAGGCCGUGGAUUUGCGUGCCCUAGCUGUGCGGCAGUCCAACGAUUCGUCUCUGAAGAACGUUGGAUUGAAGGAUCUGGUGAGGAUUUAUCUGGGGGCGGAGAUGGUGAAGCCGAAACGGGUGACGAUGGGGAGGUGGGAUAAAGAGUUGCUAACCACAGAGCAGAUUCAGUAUGCGUGCAUUGAUGCUUUUGUGUGUUUUGAAAUUGGCAGGAUUUUGAAUGCUUCUUCUUCUGCUCAUUAGAGUAAUGACUAAUUCACUGUUAUAUUUGAUUCUGUAUUUCUGCAACUAUGUAGUAGGAGGAGUGUUAUUAAGAUGAUCAAUUAAUUAGUAUAUUGGGGAUUAUCUCUAA